AAAUAUACUAUUUAUUUGAUUUCUGUAUGUCAUUUGGAAAACAACAGAUAAGACCUUUUGUAUUCCGUAAUUAUUACACUAGGAAAGUUGUUUAGGGUUUGCUGUUAGUGAGAAAACGCACAAAAAAAAAAUUACCUUAUUUUUAUUUUAUUUCUGUGUUCCCACUAAUAGCAACCCCACAUCAAUUUUUCAACCAUUUCUUCAUCAUUAUCUAGUUAUUACAAUUUGUCCAUCUCCAAGAACACUAUCACAUCUCAGAAAUUUGUGAAAUUCCAUAUUAGAAAGUCUGUAGAUAUUACUUAGAAUACCAAUAUAAAGACAGCAAUAAUUAGCAGAACCUUUAUUAAAUCUCCAUACUAUAUAGCAUGAAAUCUUAUAAUUUUAUUACAAAAUGUUUGGGAUUUCUUCUACCGGACGAACAAAUUAAUCACUGAGUUGGGUCCAUAUUUAUGAAGUUAAAUAAAUUUUGAUGAUAUAUACAUCGUUAUACUUAUUCAAACGUUAAUUUUUGGUUAUGCUAUCCAGGAAAAAAAUAACCAAUAUAAAUAAAGAUUUUAAACUAGUUAUAUAAAAAAAGUAAUUAAAAGCUACUUAAUUAGCUGAAUUUGUAGCUCAUUGCCCUCAGAAGGCUUACUAGAGGAGCGAAGCACCAGCGUUAAUAAAAUUGAUUCACUUAAAUCACGAUCCUAUGUUCUUAAACUAAGAUUAUUAGAAGGUGACAAUUAUUAAACAAAAUAUGUAGCACCUUUUUUCAAGAUUUUCAGAAGAUAAAGAGAAAAAAUUGUUAGCCACUAGUAGGCUCAAACAAGAUUUAGAAAGAUUAGAGUACAGUGCUUUAUCCACUGCACUACUCCAUUAAUAAUAAUAAACUAAUUUAAAAAUAUUGAGUUUCGUAUGAAUUAUUGAAGUAGUUAAUUAAAAUUCUACUCAUGCCUUGUAGCUCUUCUACAAUUGUUUUUAAUUUUCAAGGAAGGGAUCUACUAAAAAUUGAUACAAAUUCUAAUUUUAUUCUAAAUUAAAAUAAAAUAAUGAAAUACAAAUACCUGCUUCAUAAUAUAAUUGUAUUUAAACAUAAUAUAUAUAUAGUUAUUUCUGGAACUGUUAAUUAACAAUGAGUCCAUAUUUUCACCAAAAUUUAAUCCUGUAAUGAACUACAAAUAAAUUUAAAUAUUUCACUGCAUAAAUACUAGAGAAAAAAACAAAGUAAUUCAAGAAAACAAUAUUUAUCAAUAUUUACUCUUAUCACCAGUACUAGGUAAAAGAAGCCUAGGAGUCUGCUUUUUAAAACCAAUUGUAUUUCAUUUAGAAAAAAAAAAUCACUGGAAUUAAGACAUAUUCUCUAAAGAAAAAUAACAAAAACUGCAGAGUUCAAGGCUUUAAAUUUAAAACCUCCUGAUGAAAUGCCAAUAGCAAUAUAGGAACUAUUAACUUAUAUGAAAACAUUACAAGAUCCCUAGUAACAGAAAAAAAUAUACAUAUGUUAAAAGAGAACGCUCAACUGUCUGUUAUCGGUAGAAAAUUAAUAAAAUGAAAUGUAGGUUAAUUUAGUAUUGUCGCAACAAAUUCUAUCCAUUAAAAAUAUGGAAAUAUUAAGAUAAUGUAUGUUAUUCCACAACGAAUUUAAUGCUGUUUUUGACUAACUGCAUCAUGGAUCUUAACAUCCGCAAAUGACGCAAGGUCUUUGGUAUCGAGGAACCAUAUUUUUCUAACAUUAAUGAGUAUCUUGUUAUAGAAAACGGUCGUUUUAUGAAUUAACACGCAUUAAGUUGUUAUCUAAGUUAUAAAUAUUUUUUACGGGAACAAAUAUAACAAGUUCGGUUUAUUAAAUGUGGUCAAACUUCUACAAUAAUAGUGGUGGAUAGAAAAACAUCAGUGAAAUCUUGUCCAGGUGUUAAGACGUGUUGACAUUUUUGAUGUUCUCCUUUUAAAAUUGAACUAUUCUUCAAGAUCAACAAUUUUUAUGGAUCCAGUUUUUUACUGUUGGAGCUAAUGUAAUGUUAAAGAAGAAAUAUAUUUGCAGAAAUAGUUUAUAUGAAUUAUUUACGACAUGCAGGAAAUUGCCGUGGUAGGGUGUUACAUCAGUGAUGGUAACGUUGGUUGCCUUAGGGGAAUAUGGCCAACAAGCCACCACCGCCUGACCAAAACAUCUUAGUGUACGUUCAAGAUUAUGACAACAGUACGCUCCAAGCCACCGUAAACUCAAGAAAAAAUUGUCGUGGAUAUGAAGGCCCGAGGUGUGAAACAGCGGCUGCGGAAUCGACUUGCAGUUUGCCAUUGUCUGAUUCAGAUAUCGAGUCAGCCCGAAAUUUUAAUCAAGAAUAUGUCGCACCACCCUAUGGGUGGAAACGUAUUCACACCAAAGGCAUUGUAGUUUAUGUCAGUCCAAGCAAUACCCCAUUGAGUUCUACCGAGCAAGUCAAAGCCUAUUUGCUAGCCGAAGGAACUUGUAAGUGUGGUUUGGAGUGCCCUGUUAACUGUGAAACUACUUUUAAUUUUAACCCAAAGGUCUUAACGAGACCUUGGACUGCUCCUGCUUUAGGACCUGGGGAUCUUAACAAAUUAUGCAACCAUAAGAGAAAAUUAUUGUCACAAUCGUCUUUUGAAUCUAUCGAAAAUAAGUUUGCUGAUGAUUUCCGAAAAAAGAAAAGGAGAUUUGGCCCACCACUACCUCAACCCCAUUUGCCUCAUAAUGAACGUGGAUUCAAGGAACAAGAGCAUACUAAUAAUUAUAAUGGCUUGCCUUGGAGAGAUAGUAAUCAAGAAUUUCCUCAGGAGCCUUAUAGCAAUGGUUACCAACUUAAGUAUGAAGUUUGUGGAAAUCCACAAUACCAAAAGGUUCAGGAGACCAAUCGAUUCGGUUCACCGAAUCCUAUCCCGUCACAACAGGUUUACAUUACAUUCUUAGGUCGACAACUCUUACCAAAAAUUUUUUCUUAUAAUUUAAAGUUAAUUAUGAACAAAGAGUAUCAUCAUAUGGUUCCACCUCCUACGAAGCGAAAUAUAAGAGUAGCCAGGCAGUGGAAUAUAUUCAUUCCCAGGAAAUCCAGCCUCAGCAGCAACCCGCUGCCUCCUGUCCAUGCCGUUCCUACCGGUCUAAAUGUCAAUAGGACUCCUCCGUGGCAGCAAAAUAAAACGCAAACCAAUAGCUUUGAAAGGGUUCCUACCUUUCAUCAACAUAAUAAUCCUUCUAGUACGGUUUGGAAUAACGAUUUGAAAAAGAAGCAAACUAAAUUCAUCAGGAAGAGGUAUUCCGACGACAAUAUGAACCCGAGCACUCCAGAACCGCCCCCAAGCUUCAUGGAAGAUCCUAGCGGCUAUUUGGCCCAACAGACCGCGCUCCUCAAUAGCACCAUCUCUCGCCAGAGCAGCCCAGCUGUGGACGGCAUUCCCCUACCUAGCUCUUUAAAUAAGUACACCUCUAGGCCUAAGUGUAAGAGUAUUAUCACUAGUCGUUUUCCCGAUUCUUCGGUCGAGAGGCGGAAGCCAGAAGAGCCAAGCUCUACCUUACCCGAUAAGAAUAUAGACGACAGGGGACCCAUUCAAGGGACAACUGUAAGUACAAGCAAUCGCAGCCCUGUCGAAGCCAGGCCUCCUGAAAAUGUUGUAACGACAAUGGCUUCAGGGCACACUGCAAGCAGUAAUACCAUUACUUCCGUAUUAGCAGGUAAGGCAAAUACUGCUACGGUGUCUGUUAGCAAUCCCGGGAUACAGCAAAAACCGCAGCAAAAUGAUGAGAGCGGAAUCCAGCAGGACGAUGUGAGGCAGAUCCUAGUUCCGAGCCCAGGGCAGUUAGUUGUCGCUAAUUCAGUACUUCCUGGUCAGAGUAAACCUGUAAUUAACCAACCAACAGUUCUUCUCCCUGGUCCGUUGUUGUUACAACCCAGCGUCGUCGUCGACGGCUUAAAUACUACACUUCAAAUUCCUCAAAUAGUUGGCAAUGUUGUUCAAAACCAAGUUCUUGACGAUACAGCUUUACUAUCGCCAGAGUCUAAAAGAAAAGCGAAUUUGAAGAAAAGGAAGCUUUCUCCUACUAUAGGCUCGAUGCUCCUUUCUCCUCAAGGUUCUAAUAAUGUAAUGGUUCAACAGCAGCAGCUAAACGCACCCAUGCUCCAAGCUCUUACCAUACUCCCUGGUAAAACAGGUUUUACCGGCACUCAACAGUUAAUUACGACAAACAUGCUCCAACCUUUAAAUCUUGUUCAGAACUUUCCGAUUCAGCAAUUCAUUGUUCCUACAGGAGUGGGCAGUAUGGUCAUGUCUGACGGAACCAUCCUCCAAGAUACUGUGCAACUUAAUCUGUUGACUCCCGUUCAGAAUACUGGUGUUUUUAGUAACGGGCAAAAUUUACUUACUCCUGGUAUGGUUAUUCGCACCCCCAGUAGCCAAAGCAGUAGUAAAGUAAUUCAAAAUAAUCAAUUCUUGAAUUCGCCGAAUCAAUUUGUUGUUAAUAAUGCUUUCACCGGGCCAGUAAGUCCAUUACUGAAUGUCAGUCCCACACAAUGUAAUAGAAGCCAAGACUUUUUAUCCCAAAAUGUUGUUGUCCAACAGCCAAGUACGUCUAAUACAACUGUAGUUCAACAAAAUACUACAAUAGUUCAGCAAACGACAAUGGUCUCCAACCAACAAACCCAACCUACACCUACGCUAAAUCUGAACCAAAAUUUUAUUUUGAAUGACAAGCCUAAUUUUAUUCUGACGUCUGAAAAGCAAAACUUCAUCCUCAGCCCGAAUAAUGACAAGAUAAUAAUAAAUCCUGAGAAUAUGAGGGCUAAUUUUGUUUUAGGAAACGUUGAUAAACAAAACUUUGUUAUCAACAAUAUGGAAAAACAACAAAAUCUCAUUAUUAACAAUUACGAAAAAAACUAUAUUGUGGAUAAGAAAAAUUCGGUUUCGACGCAGACUCAGGUUGCGAGCCCUGGUCUCUAUCGCGAGAGUCCGCCAGAUACUACGACCCUCAGCCCCGUGGACCAAGAAGUAACGACUUCCUUGCAGCCCACGUCUCCUCAGGAGUCGCUGCCGAUGGUGCAUUGCGUGUCCAGUUCUAGCCAUCAUGAUGACCAUUCAUUCUCGGUUGAAAACUAUUUAGCUGAGCAGUGCGAGGAUCCUUCUAGUAGAGCCGAAACCUCAACUCCCGAUCCUGAUCCAACUGCCGCCUCCUGGUUCAAUCCAUUCCUCUCCAAUCAAAAGCCUCCUUGAGACUCUGCUCUCAUGUCUUCCUGGCUUUCCCCGAGGUCUUCCUUCAAAUUUAAGAUCUAAUAAUUUUUUUACAAUGAGUACAAUAUCUUACCAAUUGCCAUAUUAAAAGAUUUAAUUCAUUCGAAAUAUUCAAUUUAUGAAAAAUAAUGACACAUGGGAAAGUCUAUUCCUUUCUCUGAUGCAUCGUGUAUUACUGUGCAAACAUCACAUAGUAAAGAAAAUGAAUACAAAAGAAAAAUGAGCUUAUGUGAAGUUCCUGAUAAUGCUGAGUUGCCGGACGGUGAAACAGUGAGUAGUACGUAGCAAUUAGUUUAAACGCUCUUCCUCUUCCAGUCUGCCUCUCCCUUCUCGAGGAUAACGCAUUAUAAGAUCUCUUGAUUAUUUUACUUGCAGUUAUUAAUAAAAUUGCUUCCAUAGAUAUUAAUUUAUCUAAUCUUCAGUGGUUUGUAUUACACAAAUUUCCCCUCAUUGCACGGUCAUAUAUAUGGAGAAGAAAACAAUCAGUUCAUCUCCGAUGAGGAAACAAUUACUGUUGAAGUGAAACCUACAGCAGAAGAAACAGCAAAUCUUUUGAAUAAAGUUAUUGGUAAUUUUGAUGCUAGCAAAACCCUCUCUGAAGCCUUGUAUUCGCCCGUGGAAGUUUCUAGCAAUAUUGAAAAUGAUCUUCCUCAGUUACCUAAUAAUUUAGGUGUAUGGAUUGAUCCCAUAGAUUCCACUGCGGAAUACAUACGUGGAGGUUUAUGUAUGGAGCAAGAUUUUAUUCUUUCUGGGCUUCCAUGCGUGACUGUUCUCUUGGGAGUCUUUGAUAUGGAUUCUGGUAAUCCUUUGAUUGGCGUAAUAAACCAACCAUUUUACAAGGAGGAAUCAAAUGGAUGGAGAGGAAGACAUGUCUUUGGAAUCAAUUACAACGGUUUUAAAUUGUCACAACCUUCUACUCAACUUCUAAACCCAAAGGUUAUUGCUGUUAGUUCAUCAGAAAAAGAAGGUAUAAAAGAAACUCUAAAACAAAAUGGUUAUGAAAUAAUUGAGAUAGCUGGUGCUGGAUUCAAAUUAUUAAAUAUAAUCUUAGGCCAAGUAUGCGCUUAUGUUUUAAGUAAACCAACUUCAUAUUUAUGGGACAUCUGUGCCUGCCAUGCAGUUUUAGAGUCUAUCGAUGGAGGAAUAGUAGAUUUUACCAGUUUGAGUCCAAUCAAAUAUAAAGGAAAAGAAGAAAUAAAUUGUUGCAAUUCUGGAGGAAUAAUUGCCUACAGAAACACAGAUAUUAAGAAUGAUAUAAUUGAAAUUUUAAAAUUAAAAAGCUCUGGUGAACCCUCUCAGGAAAAUAUUAAAUAAAAGAGAGAAAAAUAUAACUUAUACUAAAAUAAAACGCCUGUAAGACAUAAUGCUAAGUGAUGUGGAAUAAUAAUAUAUAUAAUUGGCUCAGGAAUUUUAGUGCUACAUUAAUGAUAAGGUAAAAUAGUAAUUAAAAAUAUUUUAUGUUAUUAAUUUUUUAUAACCAACACCUUUAAUUGCAUCUGCAGUCAAAAAUAUCUACACCCAAAUAAAUAAAUGAGUCGUUUAUUUCUAAAGUGAACCCUAAUACAUUUUUUGUUUGUCGUAUUUGAGAUAAGUAUAGAUUCCUACGUAACAACAGCCAAAGAAUCUGAUCGUGCAGUUGAUUUUUUUCAAUGUAAUUAAAAGGAAUUUAAUCAAACUUACAUUUAUUUAGUAUUCAUUAAAAAAAAAAUCAUCAAAAUCUUUUUUGACAGAUUUAUUCAAUUGAAAAUAAAAAAUAAGAAAUGGAUACAGACCACCUAGACAUAUUUGUCCUGCUUUGACGGACAUAAGAAAUAAACCAUUUAUAUAUGAAUAUAUAAAAAAAAUCAAACUUACACUGGGCAGCAAGAUGUCAGAUGAUCGAAUGACCAACGACUUCGGCAUAAGAAAAUAAAAAUAAAUAAAUAUAUAUAUAUAUAUUUUUUUAUUGUAUAAUUAUUAUAACUUUUUCUUCCCAAAUCAUACACCAUUUCUUCUCUGCAAAAGAAAUCCCAAUAUUUUUUUUUGGUCGAAAAUGGGCCUUAAAGUUUAUUUCUUUUCAAAACGGAUCCUAUUCAAAUUUCAAUGUUUUUUACUAUUGGAAUAAUCAGUGGUUUUCAGAAAUAUGUUCUGCAAAUAAAGAAUUUCUUAAUGUAUUUUUAAUAAACUAUUGGUUUUGAUAUUACAAUUGAAUAGGGAUUUUUUUUUUUUGCGUUUCCUAAAAAAUCAUUAACAAUGAUUAGGGCUCAUAUAGGAAAUAAACGACUCAAAUAAUAAAUCAUUAUAGAUAUUUAUGCAUAUAUUUAUUUGUCAUUAUGUGUAUAUGUAUUUAUGCAUUAAGUCGAGGGCUUAUUUCCAACUUAACAUCACAUCAAACAUUCUCAUUCCGCACUUCUCUAUGCUGUGGUUGUCUGAUAAAAGACCUUUCUCCAUCUUGUCUAAGAGUGGACAGUUGGAAAUGUCUAGCUUGGGUUGCGUUUUUAGUUUAGAUUAUAAUGACUAAUGAUUAAUCACUAUUUGUGAGUGAUACAUCCUUCAGAAAUAGUUAAUUAUUUUUUCCAAAUAUUUAAUAAGAAGAAUAAUAUUUAAUAAAGUGCGUUAUACUUGAUUGUUUUUGCCCUUCAGGCGUUAAUGUAUCAUUAAUAAGUUAUUUUUCAAUAUUCAGUCCAAAAUAUCAUUAUCAUUUCCUUGAAAUCACUAUAUAAAAUGAUUUAAAUAUAUAUAUCAAACAUGGGUUUUCCCAAAAAUUGUCAUUUUGUCAUCUUACCUCAGCUACAGGGGAUGAUGACAAAAAAGACAAGGGAUUUUAAAACAUUGUAACAAACAAAUUAAACAAGAACGUACUUUAUUAACAUAUAACAUAAUAACAUGUCGUUUUUCCUCCUUACGAGAUUUUGACCACACUAACAUUUUUCAGUAACCGUAACAAUUAUAAAAGAAAUAGGUCUUCUAUGAGUUUGUGGUAUGUAUAUGUACAUUCAGAAUAUUUUAGUAAGGAAGUUGAAAAACUUUACUUAGUCUCAUAGACUUCAGGCGACGAUUGUCCCCCUCCUAAUAAAAAUGUUGAGGGGACAAGAAUAUCAUUUUGCCCCCAAUAAUUUAAAUUAAAAAAAAAAUGAUAAAAAUAAGCUACAUGAAUGAAUAAAAUAUGUAAAAUAAAAUUGAUUAAGAAAAGUCAACUAGCUGGUUAAUCUAAGGCCUAUAACUAGGUACUUGACUAUUUUAACAUGACCUAAAUAUUCCUAUUAUUUAAAUUUUUAUUCAUAUUCAGGAAUUAUAAUAUAGAAACAUAUUCUUGGAUUUUAUGAUUCAUUCUCGUUUCAUGUGGACACGUUCAUUUUCACAUGAUUUUCUGCUUUAAAGUUGAAAAAAAUAUAUUUAAUAAGUACAAGUAUAAAUAUAUUUUAUAGAGAAUGUUUUUAUAGACAUUUUUACACAGUCAGACUUUCAAAACGUUAUAUUUUUAUUUGGAGGUUGUACAAACUAAGAAAUCAGAAGUAUUUUUCAGUUUUUAACAUUAUUCAUUUUUAUAUGAAAAAGUUCUUGAAGUGUAAGUAUGUUAUAGAGGAUGUCGCUCUUCCUGUCAUAUUUGAUGUAUACAAAUUAUAAUAUAUCCAAUUGUUUUGUUCUGAUAUUUUCAGGUAUAUCCGAAAGCAUAUUAAAAAAAAACCCUGCAACUGUCUAAACAUAUAUAUAUAUAAAUAUAUUUUGAAAUAUCCAAUGUUAUAUUUGUUCGCUUGGCAAUAAUUAUGUUGAACUUGUGCACAUAAUAUGAAUUACUACUAUUUUUUUUUUUUUUUUUUUUGUACAUCGUCCCUCCCCAAUCAAAAUGUCUGAGCCAUGAAAUAAAUUUUUAAGUUUAUGGUUAAUGGUAAAAGUUUAACUUGUAUAUAUUUAAGUUAUUAAAAAAAGUUCUGUUAAAUGAAAAAUAAACAAUAAUUGGGCUUAGAUUAUAGUAACAAUUUGUCUUAAAUAAAUUACUCAACGUGUUGUUUAUUUAAGUAGCUAAGAAUAAAAGCCAUUUUUAGAUUGACUUUUUUGUGAAAUCAACAAAACUUUUUAAUAAACGUUUUUUUAAAGUAAAAGUUCUGUAAACCCUUUGUUUGAUAAGUCACAAGGGAAAAAGUUAUAUUUCCAAAAAAACUGAAAAAGUAUCAACAGUCAAAUUUCUAGUGAUACAGAAACUUUUUAAAAAUAAAAGUUUUUUAUCCGUUUCAUGGAAGCCUAUAUUUUACUAGUGAGUUACAAUAUCCACUAAAAUACAAACCUUAUAUCUUAUAAAUACUGGCUAAGACGUGCUGCUAUCUUUGAUUGAUAGUGAGUAAAACUGAGUUUAUCCUAUUUCCUCACCUUUUCCCACUUAUUUUGUUUUUGGUAUAUUAAUAAUAGUUCUUAUUUAUUUAUAUCUUUUUUCUCUUCCCAUUGGUCCAUUCAUGUUUUCCUUGGUCUUGCAUUCUUUCUAUUUCUUCUAGGUACAUAAUUUAGGAGUCUUUUUGGUCAGCUGUUUUGUUUUUGUGACCAAAGAAAUACAUUGUUAUAAGUCUUCUAUUAGUAAUUGUUAUUUAUAUAUUGUUGAUUAAUUGUGUUGUAAACUUUGAAUAUUGUUAAAUCCUUCUUUUUAAUAUAUGAAUAAACUGUUUUCAAAAACUAGUGUAAUUUUAUUUUAAUUAAACCUCAUUAACUUGUAUUCUUAAGGAAACUAAACUUGGACAAAUCUUCAGUUUCUACCAGACCCACGUUCAUUUCUAUUUUUUAAUAAUUUCAACUAUACUCAACACUAUGUGAAGAUUCGAACAGGACAUCAUCCAGUAAUCCUACAGAUACUCCACAAAUUUGAAAAUUAUUCUUUAAUAAUUUAAAAACGACAAUAAGUGAAACAUUACUUAAAUCAUUUAGUAGUUUUUCCUUCAAAUAUAAACAGACAAUGGUGCUUUAUUCAAUGAGAAUAAGAUUGCCUUGAAUUAUGUUGAUGAUAAUGUUGUUGGGAGAUCCAGAAUUGUGAA